CACAGCCUCCAUAAUUCCGCAACGGGUAUAAAAUGACACGAAAUGCUUCGUCGUUGCAACCUACUAGCAGGAAUUUGACAGAAAUUAUGAAAAAUUAAUGCGUUUUCCCAACACAGUUUAGUAAAUUGGAAACCUCAAAGGUCUUUCGGCGCCUGGUUCAUCAUUUAUUUACCGUUAAGUUAUACCUCAUGCAAAACAAACGUAUUUAAUCAAACUGUCUUUUUCCUCACAAAUCACUUUUUAUUCUGUGAAUUGUUCCCGUUUUGUAUCUACUACCGUUGGGUAAAUUCAACCAAUCAUGGUAGAAAAAUUGUGCCUGGGCCAUUGGCGAUGAAAUUUAUGGUAGUAUGUUUCAACAAAAAACGCUAAAUACAAAUGAUGAUGAUAUCCACCUUUUCUUUUUUAUUUUGCUAGUUACGAUUUAAAAGUAAUAUGGCAAAACUAAGCAUACCCGAGCGUGUUUAAAUACGUAAAUCAGUUGCUUUAUUUUUCUGUCCUUAAGAAUAUUUAAAAGCUUUUCCUCUCGGCUUAGCGCUUUUUGAUUUGAAAAUUCGCGUUAUUUGAACCGAAUUAAUCUUCUUGUUUUUUUUUGAUUUUUGCACCUAAAUACAAUAUAUUAUUUGUACUCAUUGCGUGCUUUGUAAACUGUUAUUUUUCCUGCGAUGAAACCUCCACACCUUUUUACAUUGUGACGCUCUUCGGGCCAUAAAUUCGCAAUUAGGCUGGCACAAAACUGCAGUCAGGCUGCUGCUUAGAUUUUCACAUUCUGUUUCCGAUUAUAAUUCUCUUAUUUACCUACUCAUUUUUUUAUUGGUACUCCGAAUGUACUGAUUGACUGACUUGUAGUGCAUUACUAAUUUUCGUCUGGCCUAGCUGGGAAUUAAAAGAUGGCUGACAGUAUAAUCACCUUGCGCCUAGUAUUUUUCGGGAGCUCAAAGGUGGGAAAAACAACCAUAGUCAGUCAAAUGGUGAAGAAUCAACUGCCUCCUAAAUACGAAGCAACUCUUGAAGACCUCCACACCAAGGACUAUCGUGUGGGAACACACACCGUCCGACUGAACGUCCUGGACACUGCCGGAGACCUCUCGUUUCCAGCCAUGCGACAACUAUCAAUCUCAACUGCUACCGCUUUCGUGCUUGUUUAUUCCGUCACCGAGGAAUCCUCCUUUAAAGAGGUCAAACAACUUUUCUACGAAAUAAAGGAAAGCAAGGUUAACUUCGCUGAGAUUCCGAUGGUCAUCGUCGGCAAUAAAAAGGAUAGACACAAUAUGCGUGAAGUGACUCAAGAUGAGGUCGAGGAGUUCAUCAGUUCCGAAGGUUGGGCAGCGGGGUUCCUCGAAAUCUCAGCUCUCAAGUUUCCGCAGGUCUUGGAACUUCUACAGAAACUAGUUCUGCAGUGGCGGCAUCCAAUUUCAAAAGAAUUGAACUCGAUGCUGAAGUUUAAGCUGAAAGAUAUCAAGUUGGUCGAUGAAACCAAAAACAACAAUUUGGCUGUUUCGACUGACUCAGGGGUCAAAAGGUCACAGAGCUUGUACCGGAGGACUAGUAAGAAAAAGGACAAAAACUCUGGGCCGCCCACAACUGAGCAUACUCAACAUAGGGGAGGAAGGCGACAAUCUAUGGAAAUGGAAUCUAUCCAAAUAGGAGAUUGUUCGCUUAUGUGAUGUGAAAACGCAAAACUUUUUCCCAGAUCUGUUUUCUGGAUUAUAUCUUUAACCGACACCUUUUUACCGACUUUUGAUGUUUAUGUUUUUUCCCAGUCAAUGGCGCCCACAGGAAUUUUUUUUGAGGGUGGGGAAGGGGGGUGAAUUUUCAAAAAAAAAAUGUUGAAAAUUUUGUCGACCUUUUUUUAAACGACCGAUUUGAACACCCCUAAAGCCUAUAAGAACCCUAAUUUGAAAAAAAAAAAGUUGCCGCAGGUGAAUUUUUGAAAUAAAAACGUGCAAGAAAUGAUGUCUUCAGGCUCUUUUUAAAGACUUUGGUUUAAAAAAAAUGCGGUUUUUGGCGCACGCGCCCUUCCUCCUCAACUUAAGUUAUAUUGGCGCCAAAAAAAUCAGAGGUUGGUCAACCAAAUAUAAGUUUUGUAAAAUAAUACCAAAGGGGACCUUUGGAAAAAUUUAAAAAGUGAAGAAGAAUUGAGGGAGGAGGCGGUCGCCCCAUCCCCCGGUUUCAUGUUCGGCACGCUACUGUCCCUAGUAAGGUUUAUAUUAGGGAGUGUUCAAUUAAUGGUGCUUGACGUUAAUCACUUGAUGAUCUCCGAAACCCUUCGCUAUCAGGCUGUAAAAGUGAACAUUUACUCAUCAAUUAUUCAAAUCUAAUUACGCCUUAUUACCGGUGGAAGGCUGUUAUUAGGAAGAUGAGAGGUAAUCCAGUCGAAAGUACUUUGAGCCUAAGCUUGAACAGAUUUUAUAGCAGGCCGAAAAUGAUCAGAUUGGUUAAUUAAACUGCGCUUGAUAAGCCUUAUUAAGAGCUGCCAUAUUAUCUAGACUUUGCUUUUAAGAUAUCAUGGCUCGCCGAAAAAUUGGGUCUCUCAGAUUGAAUUUAGACGCUAUCGUUGAGAGGCUACUUGAUAAACCCAGCCAGCAUCGCGGAAGGUUUCUUACAUUAAGAUAAAUAAUUUUGCCCUACAUGUAAUAAAAAAGGGCGGGGAGAAAACAGAUCCUUAACAAUGUGUGUAGUCCUUGUAUUUAUCAUUUGUUCUAUCAAAAAUUAUACAAUCAAGGGAUCAAAUAGGUAACAUUUAUAUAACACCUGUACAGUAUUUCAAUGAGAAAAAUCCAAGAAAAAUGUU